AUGAAUACCCGUACAGUUGGGAACUAUAGCUUCGAAUUGGGCCCUCUUCAUAUCGUCAGCGAACGAAUGCAAGAGCUGCGACAGCAACACGAUACCCUAGGCAGCGAAACCGUGAUAAUACUUCAGGAAAUAUGGAAAACAGAGACCGAAAACUCUGGACAGAGUACACACCGAAUGGAUCUCUACGGCAUCCUGGCAAGCCAUCAUACUGAAGAUGAGACUCUCUCCAAAUUCUGGGGUCAAAUACAUUCCGUGCCCGAAUGGGUUGACUGGGACCAAAUCAAACGAGGCCAAAAAUUUUUCUAUCGUUAUGCCCUAGCUAAUCUCAUAGGAUUUGCACUUCAGGGGUUUAUGGGCGAGAAUGCCGCCUCGUCUGGUACGGCAGAAGUUCUUAUUCGAACCGGAGGUUUCUCAACGCGCAAGUUACUGGGCCGCCUCUUAGAAACUUUUCAGUUUCUGCUCCAAGUCACGGAAUCCGAGGAAGCGAUUAAACCAGGGGGCGUGGGACAUGUGACGACUGUCCGUGUGCGGCUCCUACAUGCCAUGGUUCAUGGGCGCAUUAGCAACCUAGAAAAGGUGAAACCUGGUUAUUUUGACGUCGAGAAGUUUGGCAAACCGAUCAACGACUUUGAUUGUAUUCAUGCAAUCUCUACAUUUUGCUGCAACCACUCGUGGCUGCAGCUUCCUCAGAUGGGCGUUCAUCCAACUUACCAGGAAACAGCUGACUAUAUCGCGCUAUUUCGAUAUGUCGCCUAUGUCAUUGGCACCCCCGACGAGUACUUCGCUGAUGUAGCCCGAAGCAAAGCCACUAUGGAGAGUAUGCUACUCAGUUUGCAAAUCAACUCCACUUCUCGCAUCAUGGGCCACAACUUUGUCCAAUGCCUGAAGGAUUUGCCUCCUGUCAAUAUCUCCGCCGAAUUCAUUGAGGCCGGUUGCAGGGUCCUAAACGGCGAUGAAUUUUGCGAUAAACUCGGUUUGGGAAAACCUGGACUGUACUCCUAUGCCUGUUUCAAAGGAUUCUGUUGGUUUGUCAGAGCGCUUGCCUUUUUGCAGUGCAUAAGCCCCGGUCUUGACCGAUCUCUUACGAAUUUCUUUCAACGAGCACUACACCAAGGUAUCAUCCAGAGCAAGUCGGGGCUGGCGGGUGGGACCAAGUUCGACUUCAAGUAUACCCCACGCAUUGGCCAGAAAGUGGGCAAGGAAGAUAAUAACCGUUUGCCUCCACUCUUCCCAAGACCAGUGGAGUCUUUUCUUUUCCUUGUCUUCGCCGUUGGCUGUCUUUCUCCCAUUGCCGGAUUGGGCCUGUUGUUCUACCUAGUAAAGGUAUGGUAA